AUGACUCCCCGCAAAGAAAUCCCCAUCAUCGACAUCAGCCCCUAUCUUGAUCCCUCAGCUUCACCAGAAGCCAAGAAGAAAGUCGUCGACGAGGUCAAGUCGGCGUGCUCGCAGUAUGGCUUUCUGCAAAUUGUUGGACAUGGUGUGCCAUUGGAGGCCCAGCGUGGCGUGUUGAAGUGCUGCAAGACGCUCUUCGAUCUGCCUGUUGAGCAGAAGGAGAAGUUGUCUCUCAAGAAUAGCCCCUCACGACAUGGCUACGAGCGUAUGAAGGAGCAGGUGCUGGAUAAGAAGGCUUUGGCGGAUGAUAAAGAAGGUUUCUACAUCGGCAAGGAAGAAGAGUAUGCGAAGGGGUUUAGACAGGGACCAAAUCAAUGGCCAACCCUACCCCUCGCCUCUUUCCGCGCCCCAAUAACAGACUACUACAACCAUAUGCUCACACUCGCUCGAAGUCUCCUCGAAAUGCUGGUCCUAGGCCUGGGCCACCCCAUCUCAGUCCUGGACUCAUUCACACAAGACCCCGUUCAAAACCUCAAACUCCUGCACUAUCCUCCUCACACCUCCAAGGAUCCGAAGCAAUUCGGCGCCGGUGAGCAUACGGAUUUCGGUGCCAUCACGAUGCUGCUCCAGCAGCCUGGCAAGGAGGGCUUGCAGGUGUAUUAUGCUCCCGAUGAUGAGUGGUUGCAUGUGCCUAGUGUGGAGGACAGGUAUGUGGUUAACAUGGGGGAUCUGGUGCAGAAGUGGACGAAUGGGGCGUAUCGCUCGACGGUCCACCGAGUCGUUAACGCUGCUGGGGAUGAUCGGUAUAGUGUUCCUUGCUUCUACGAGGGGAAUUUCAGCGCCAAGAACCCCUUCAAUCCGGAUGAUCAGAGUGGCGAGACGGUGGAGGAGCAUGUGAGGAAGAAGUUUGAUAGCAGCUAUGGUUUGAAAUGA